ACAGGGCUUUUGGCCAUUGAUGAUACGGGUUAAGGAUAGACACGGAUUGUGCCUCUGGGCAGAAAAACGCAUGAGCUCUGGGCGUCGCUUGCUUGUAGUUCCUCGUCGGGUCUCUAGUCCAACACCUUGGGGGGAGCAGCUCAAGUCCCCGCCACGCCGCCAACAAAUUCCUGAGCUGCUCGGCCUCCCCAGCUGAUAACCAUCCUAUGCUAUUCUGUACAAGAUGGCGGUUUCGGGCACGGAAAAAAACGGAGUUAAUACGGAAGAUGAACAUCUGAACAACUCACUGAGCAACCCUGGUCUGAUUUCUCCCGACAAAGAAGACAUGACACGGUUGCUGACUGUUCCGUUCAGCGGCCGUAUCAGAGGGGGCAUGAAGCCGGGGAAGAAGAUCAUUGUCAUGGGCAUUGUGGAUCCUGACCCCGAAAGCUUCUGCAUCAGCCUGACGUGUGGGCGUGGCUCGGAGGCGGGGCCUCCCCCAGAUGUAGCCCUGGAGCUGUGUGCCUGCUUCGCCGAUAGGCAGUUCCUGCGCCGGGCGUGUGUCUCUGGCGUGUGGGGCGAGGAGGAAGCAGCCAUCGCCUACUUCCCUUUCAUACAGGACCAGCCCUUCCGGAUCGAGGUUCACUGUGAGCACCAGCGCUUCCGCGUCUUCGUGGACGGACACCAACUCUUCGACUUCUACCAUCGCGUGGCCUCCCUCCUGACCAUCGACACCGUGACGAUACGUGGGAGUUUGCAGAUCACCAAGCUGGGAUAACCCUGCGUUCGGAGCACGCCGGGGGCGAGGUGGGGAGUUUGGGGGGGAGGGGGGUGUCCUCUCACUCCGAGUCUGUUGGACCUGCCGGAGCAUCAACCGUGGUGCCGAGACUGACCCCCCCCUCCUCCCUGACUACGCUGCACCUCUCACGCUCUCUCACGCCAAGGUGGACCUACGAAAUCCGCCGCUCGAUGUUCUCACCCGAGGGGUGGGGGGGAGAAUUCACACAAGUGCGUCUCGGUCGGUCGUACGAAUAAACAAUAAACAAAAUUAAACUUAGUGAGUCUUGACACGAUGUAUCGUGUGCUAUGUCAUGUCGUCCCGUCGGAGAGCUUCCCUGUGGAAAAACGACCUUGAAAAAUUACCUGGAAGUGCAUAUAUUAAUGAUUUUUUGUUGAAUUAAUAAAUCUAUAAACUCUCAGGAAACAGCUAAAACUGCUUUGUAACAUGCAUUAAUAAGAUUUUCAGAGGAAGAUAGGAGCGUCAAAGGGAAACGACACUGCAACAGCAUGGGAUGAUUUGGGGAAUUCUGUCUCACUACAUGGGCAUUUUAAGCUAUGAAAUUUGAGGGCUGCCGGACCGACGGUUGGUCAGGUGACUAAGGCACUUCCAGGUCAGAGUUUUGUAAAUACGGAGUUUGUGAAAUACGUGUUCGCCACGUCCGUUUGACGUAGCGAGCGACGCAGGGUUAGUGCGUGCUAACACAGGCAGAAUUUGUUCAGGGGUAAUAACAGAGGUGACUGGUUGACUUUGCCUGGUGGGGGGGGGGGGAUCUGCAGUGGGGGCCACGCUGAACAUUUCAAGUCAGGCGUUCAUGAAGACGCGAGUCGCUCAACAGCUGCCUCAUGUCUGACGGCCAUCCUGUUCCCUCCAAGACGUGCAGGGACAGGACAACAAUAUGCAAUUUCGAACACCUACAAACAAACGUCCCUGUGACGGGAUGCACCCUAUGACAGUUGUUACCUUUCUGAACUGCCUGAAUGUAAAACAUUUGAAUAAAUAUUUUUAAAAACAAACCACAGUAGCUAGCAAAAAUUUAAUAAUUCUGUCACGGCUUUUGAGUAGAACGUAGCAGGCUGCAAAUCACGACAAUAACCGUAGCGUCUUGGUAAUUUUUCCCAUUCUUUGCUCGACAAAGAAUUAUAACCCAUUACCGUAUUUAUUUUUAGCAGCGUAGCAACCAGUUGUGAUAUGCUUUUGAUUUUGUUUCUUACCACGAAGAAACACAGUAGUCUUUUAUUGCCGCUUAUACUCGCAUUACUGUUAGAGGUUAGUGACAGUGACAUAGUAGAUAGAGCUGGGCUGUUAAUUUGUUUGUGUAGUGCGUGCGGUUUUGUAGGUAUGGAACUUAGUGAAGGCAACCGAUCGGCUCGUGUUUUCUCUGCGUGCUGCGGCGGCGUCUGAAGCUUUUCGCCACGCGCCGCCCGUCCUUCACCAGCACUCCUGUGGAUCGCCAUGUUCAGCUUCCCCUAGGCGCCGCCUCGAUGAAGGAUUUGUCUUUUUUUGCGCACUAACAUGUCAGAUGCUGAGAGCUCUGGGUCCACCUCCAGUUUGAGGUGGAGCUAUUGACGUGGAGGGCGAUUAAUGUUUACACCCCAGGUGGAGAAUCAGGUUCAUUAGCCACACCAGUAUAAUUAUACUGUGCCGUGGUCCCUUUUCCAGUGUUCCAAGACUCCACUUUCUUCUAACUGAGCUUGAUUUAAUUUGUUUUGGCCAGUGAACAGUAAGCCACAAUGCAUUAUAUAUUAAUUCCUAAAAUAGAUCAGUUCGGUUAUAGUGCAGCUUGGAAUCUGGAGAUGUUACAUGAGAGCUGAUGAGACAAAUAUGUCCACUUUGCACAUCUGCACUGGGGACGGGGGAGGUCCAGUCCAUCCCCAGAAUGGUUUAGGAAGGACUGAUUAAUACUGGAAGACUUCCAGUGCUCGAAGGCAUUAUGAAGGUGUACAAAAAGCUGCUUCAACAUGCAUUCAGAACUACAUUAAACCUGAAGCAUGUGUCUUAAGCACUGACCAAAUCUAGCUACUAAAGUACAAAAGUUGGAUGCUGUAUAUGGCACUAUUAAUUCCAGAUUAGUGACAUGUGUGUUAGUUUUCCUUGUUGAAUAAUUCUGUUAAACCCAUUUCAGAUCAUUUUAGACAAUUUUACACUAAUUUAUUGACUUUUGAAAAGACUCUUGAUGUAAGGUCAAGCAGCCCUAUUUCUCCUGGCCUCAUAUGCAAGUUCUGCUUACAUCUGUUUUCAAAUGCUUCCAAUAAAAAAAGACUGAGGGAUUAUGAUGAGGGAAAUGCUGAAUUGCAGUGCUGCUGAAACCGUUAACUGUCUGGCUCUGAAAGGGGGUGUUCAGACGGACGUCGCCGUUUCCUGAUUGAGACCAAACCUUGCCCUGGCCGUCUCCUUGGACACGCUGUUCGAAUGCUAAGCAGGGUUACAGACUGACGGCAUCAGCGUGGUGUUUUGUACCGAGCGUGCUUCAUAAUUGGACAAUGGUGUACUGUGUUCCCCAAAAGAUUUUUUUUUUUUUAAACAAUGGUGUUUUUCCCUGCUCUGUAAACAGGUCCAACACACAUGUUAAGACCAAAAUCCUUUUUUUUAUUUAAGAACGUGUACUUCAAGGGUACAAUGUAAGCAUCACCCUGUGUUAUUGUCAUUUGUUAUUGUCACUUGUCUGCUUGUUUAUGAGAAGUUUUAUAUAAUCACUGCAUCAUCUGUGAUAUCUUAACUAGACUGUGUAGCGUUCACAAUUUUUUUUUCUAUGUUUUGUUCGGAGUCUAUGGUUGUUGUAAUUAUUGAGUUUGCAGUUUUAUCAUAGCUAAUCCAUAUUGUCUUGAUGUCAUUUUAAAAAAGUAAUUGUUUCUGGACAACAUGAAGAACACCUUCCCAGGGCUAGUAGUAAUUCUUACUUUUGUACACGAGACCACAGAAAUCAGGCAUCCAGGUUUUCUGUGCGAAAAGUGUGUGCAGCUAUCCUGCCUCAUCUUCUGCUUGUGUGACAGCAGAAUCCUGAUCGAUCCUGAUCAAUCCUGAAAGAUCUGACUUUUAGCCCUACAUAACUUCCUCAGUCUUACAUCAUCUAAAUGAAGGAGAAGUCCAUAUUUCUGAAAGAAACCCUUUUGAGAAUGUCUGUGUUGGUGAGGUUCAUAUUGCGUUGAAAUGUUUUUUUUCCCUCUUCGAAUUUAUUUAUGAACUAAUAAACAUAUCAAGUG